GGUGAGAGUGCCAGUGAAAGAGAGAGAGAGAGAGAGAGAGAGAGAUGGCAGGGUUAUCUUUGGACCACCCUUGGGCAUUCACCUUUGGCAUCCUAGGUAACAUCAUCUCCUUCAUGGUGUAUCUCGCACCACUGCCGACGUUCUACAGAGUGUGCAGGAGGAAAUCCACCGAAGGGUUUCAUUCGGUGCCGUACGUGGUUGCUCUCUUCAGUGCCACCCUGUGGAUCUUCUACGCCUUCCUCAAGACCAACGCUGGCCUUCUCAUCACCAUUAACGCGGUCGGCUGCGUCAUCGAGACCGCAUACGUGGUCGUGUACUUCACCUACGCGCCAAAGGCCGCAAAGAUGUUUACCGCAAAGCUGGUGCUGCUCGUGAACGUGGGGAUGUUCGGGUUGAUCCUUGUGCUGACUCUUCUGUUCGCGAGGGGUGCCAAACGAGUCGAGGUUCUCGGGUGGAUCUGUAUGAGCUUCUCCGUGAGCGUUUUCGUGGCUCCUCUAAGCAUCAUCAGGCUUGUGAUCCGAACGAAGAGCGUGGAGUUCAUGCCAUUCUCGCUGUCCUUCUUCCUCACAUGGAGCGCCGUCGUCUGGUUCGGAUAUGGAUUGCUAACCAAGGACUUAUACGUCGCGCUGCCCAAUGUGUUGGGGUUCAUCUUCGGGGUCCUGCAAAUGGUGCUCUACGUAGCUUACAGGAACAAAGACAAGGCCAUGGUGGAGCAGAAGCUGCCGGAGCACAUCGCGUCGAAGCUUGGCACGGCGGAGAAGGUGUUGGAGAUCUACGCGAUCGGGGUGGAAGAGAAGGUGCCGAAUAGAGCGCAGGAGGAGCAGGAGGAGGACAAACAAGGCGUGGCAGCUGCUCCCAUGGAGAAGAAGAUGAAGCCUGCUGAAGUCUGAUAUCACUGUUGUCUUAAUUCAGCAUUCUCAAGUACUGAGAUUAGUGUGUAAUGUUGUCUUAGUACUAAGUUGAUGGCAGCUAUGUGUGUGGCACAAGCGAAGAUUUGUUAGCUAUGUAUGCAGACAUAACAAUAAAUAUUUCUUUCUCAUCUC